AUGAUGGGCUCCACCCCCUCCAACUCCCUCACUCUCCUCCUCUCCCUUGCCUCCCUCCCCCUCUUUCUGGCCACUUCUCUAGCCGCCGCCACUCCCUUGCCAGGGAAAGCCCUCCCAACAAAAUCCAGGUUUCUCCCAAUCAAUGUAACCUCUGGUUCUGCCAUGUUCUUUGCCUUCUAUGAAUCCCCAAAACCCCAUUCUCCUCCCUCCCAAACACCUCUCCUCAUCUGGCACCAAAGUGGACCUGGCUGCUCUUCCAUGAUAGGUAACUACUUCGAGCUUGGCCCCUGGCUUGUAAGCUCUGACGACAAUAACAGCAAAAACCCCAUUAUCAAAUCCAAUCCUGGCUCUUGGAACCAUCAGUUUGGCCUAGUUUUCAUAGACAACCCGAUUGGGUCUGGCUUUAGUAUUGCUGCCACGCAACAAGAAAUCCCAAAAGAUCAGAAAUCAGUUGCCCAGCACCUUUUCAUAGCUCUUCAGACUUUUCUUUCUUUAGAACCAUCUUGCAUAUCUAGUCCGCUCUAUAUCAUUGGGGAAAGCUAUGGUGAGAAGUAUGCUACAGAUACUAGAUACUAUAUCUUGCAACAGAACUCAAGGCUACCUGAAUCACAGCAGAUGAAUUUACAGGGUGUUGGGAUUGGGAACUCACUGACAGAACCUGCCCCCAGGGACCAACUUGAGGAAAUUCAGGAUGAGACAGUGAGAUUGACCCGGGAAGGUAGAUGGAGAGAAGUGAAAAUUUCACGGGAUCAGGUGUUUGAUUGGUUGCAGAAUGCAACAGGGUUGGCUAUGCUUUAUGAUCCGAGGAGGAAGAGGCCUUAUGAAACCGACAGGCUUGAAGCUUUUCCACAGAAGGAAGAGGUGAAGGUGGCAUUGGGUGUGGAGAAAGGGAUGAUUUGGGAGUUAUGCAGUGGUGUUGUGGGGGAUGUUUUGAUUGAAGAUGUAAUGAAGAGUGUGAAGUUUAUGGUGGAGUUUCUGAAGAAGAUUCGGGUGUUCUUGUACCAUGGGCAACUUGAUUUGACAGAAGGGGUGGUUUCGAAUGAGGCAUGGAUGAAGGACAGGGAGUGGGAGGGAUUGCAGAGGUUUUUAAAGGCAGAUAGGAAGGUGUGGGAGGUGAAUGGAGAGGUGAAUGGGUAUGUGCAGAGAUUGGGAAGCUUGACCCAUGUUGUUGUUUUAGGGGCCAACCACUUUGUGCCUGCUGAUCAGGGAUUGAGUUCUCAGGCAAUGAUCGAAGAUUGGAUUCUGGAGAAGGGUCUGUUUGCUAAUAGGAAAAGGUAG